AUGAAACAAGAACCUUUUACACCAACAGAACAAGAGAUUAUCUCCAACGUGUUGAAAAGAAGUCUAGGUCCUGAGUGGAUCAAUCAACGUAGUGGACCUAGUGGACGAUUAACUUACAUUGAAGGCAAGACAGCCAUCAACUUGGCCAACGAGAUCUUUGGCUUCAAUGGCUGGUGUUCCGAGAUCAAGGAUACCACUGUUGAUUUCGUUGAUGUCACUUCUGAAGGCAGAACUAAUAUUGGUGUUUCUGUGACCAUCAAAAUCACAUUGAAGGAUGGCACCUUUCACGAAGAUAUUGGUUAUGGCUCAUCAGAAAACGCUAAAACAAAAGCAAGUGCUUAUGAAAAAGCUAGAAAACAAGCAGUAACAGAUGCUACAAAGCGUGCUCUCCGUAGCUUUGGUAAUGCUUUGGGUAAUUGCCUUUACGAUAAAAACUAUCUUGACAACAUUGUGAGAAUGGCAAAGCCACAGGUAUGUCAAUUAUACAAGAAGAAGCGCGUAUAA